UAAGUUAGUCUCGCUUGGACAAUAAGAACGGCUACAGCUGACCUUUUCUUCCACAGAGCAAUCCUGCACGCCCUUUUCUGCCCCCUCCGCCUUCUAUUCUUACACCUCUGUUUUACCCGCAGUUGGAUACUGGACAUGACGGAAUCAUCAGCGCUCGUUUUCUUGUCAAGCUUCCAUCUUCCACCGUGUCACUGCGGGCCGGCAGAUCCUUUUUCGUCGAAGCUCACAUUCAGCUCUUUAUCAUCGUUUUCUGUUCGCUCUCGUUCUCUUCACGCUGUCCGAUGUCGAUCUGGGGAUUCCGGCGAAGGCGGCUACAUCGGGGGUGACCCUUAUGGCCCGUAUCCAUGGGAAGCAUCCACCCCUUCCGAUGAACCGAGUAAAUCCAUCCCAUUAGCUUCCGUUGUUAAUCAACAAGCUUUCCAAUGGAUUCCUGAAGAUAAAUUUACUCUUUUUACCUCUGAAGGACUUGUUCAUAUUGGGGGUUCACUUGUUCCUCGUCACUUUCCAAUUUCAGAUAAAAGACAAUCGAGGUCAAAGGCUUCUCAAAGGUCCCAGCGGUUUCAAGAGAGUUAUUAUAUGGAUCCUAACCAAGCCCUUUGUCUCGGUGCUCUCUUUGAUAUUGCAGCCACAAAUGGACUUGACAUGGGAAGAAGACUAUGCAUCUUUGGUUUUUGCCGUUCCAUUGAGAUGCUAAGUGAUGUUGUAGAAGACAUUGUCUUGGAACAUGGUGGCGAGGUUGUUACAGCAGAAAAGGCUAGCAAGGAAGGUUUGCAAGAGAAAUUGACCAUGACUGUUGCAGUGCCGUUGCUCUGGGGAGUUCCUCCAGCUUCAGAGACCCUGCGUUUUGCAAUCCGUAGUGGCGGAGGCAUAGUGGAAAAGUUCUAUUGGCAAUGGGAUUUCAUGUAAAGAAACUGAUGGAAACAAUUUGUUCUUACUGUAAAAGAUUUUCUGCUGCUACUGGGUUGGUGGCCUAAUCCAUUUAUCAUGUUGUAUUUUUUAUGUAAAUGUAACAUUUGUCCUUGUAAAGAAUGUUGUAUAUCUGAUAGUUUUGUUGUUUCAA